AUGCAAGACUUGGCUCAAGCAGUCGGCGCGACACCUGUUGAAAACAGAAGGCGCAUUCUGGUGCCUGGUGCAGGGCUUUUAAGGUUGCCACUGAACCUCUACCUGGCCGGAUAUGAAGUCGAAGCGAACGAGGUAUCGCACCAUCAGCUGCUGGCAAGCUUGUUCAUGUUGAACCAGGCCGAGACUGAUCCUCAGUAUGCGCUGUACCCCUGGGUUCUGAGUUUCUCGAAUCAUGUGUUUCGAGGCGACCAGUUCUUGACGUGUUCAGUCCCAGAUCUCCGACCUAGGAAGCUGAUUGGUGAGACUGCGCGCGUCGGCAGGUCGCUGAAGAUCAACAUGAACGACUUUGUCAUCGAGUACUCCAAGCCUUGUUACAAAAAUCAUUUCGACGCCGUAACGACACUCUUCUUCAUCGACACAGCGCCCAAUUUGCUCGAUUACAUCGCGACGGUCAGUCAUUGUCUCGAAGUUGGGGGAGUUUGGAUCAACGUGGGACCACUUCUGUGGAAUUGCUAUGAGAAUGGUCCAGCUGGACGACAGGAAGGUGACCUUGAUGAUGACAUAUCUUGUAAGAUGCGGCAGCGCCUUGCCUCGGGGGAGUGUGGAGACCCGGGUGCUCCAAAGCUCGAGUUCUCUAACGAUGAGGUACUAAAGUUGCUUGAACACUAUGGUUUCGUGGUUGAAAAGCAGGAUCGCUGCAUUGGCGAGGCCGGAUUCGUGGCAAACCCUAGAAGUAUGCUGCAAAACAUGUACCAGAUGUCACAUUGGGUUGCAAAAAGGAGACCGUGA